AUGCUCGACCUCCCCGAAUGGGCCGUUCGCGUGUUCGGGAUGAGGUUCUUUACCCGAUGCCUCAGUUGUCGAAGAGAUUUACAGUCGAAAUCACAGGUAAGUUGAUGUUUUUUAUUUUCUUUUUGUUUUUAGGAGAGACAGCUUAAUUUUUUGAUAUUCAAACAAAAAUUAUGGUGGAUUAAGUGGUAAAAUACGGGCCAAGUCAUUGGAGAUAAUUUUUUGAGGUCUUUCCCGCAUAAAUAUCCGUAUUUUAGACCUCCACUUCGUCGAAAAUCCAGAGCAGUUCCUCCACCUCGCUAAACACGGCCGUCGAUGAUACGUUUAUACGAAUCGAACUUUUCACCGAGCUGAACGGGAAAUUAUGUAUUCGAAUACACAACGAGCAUCCCGUGAACUGGCUGAGCGGGAGAUUGGGUGGAAGGUCGAAGAGAAUCCAAUUUCAUCCACAUUUGUUCAUUCUCCCGCCGAAACGGAGUAGUUCUGUAAGCGAAACAUUGAAUUUUGGGAAGAGAAAAGUGGUGUUCCCUUUGUGAAUUUGAUUAAAACUUUGAGCAAAGUCUCUGAAAAAAUUCUCCUGCGAUUUCAAUCCCACUUUUCCAGUUCCACGUCACCAUUUCCACCAAGCCCUAUCAAGUGGAAGAGAAGCGAGUGCGCCCCGGAACCUUGGCCAGAUUCAUCUCCAAGGCCAAUUAUUCGUCGAAAGUGAUACUGGUCUACUUUUGGCUGGGCAGCGAACCUCCCAACCGGAACGCCGAAACAUGUUGGCGACAGCCUUUCCUCGUCCCACCCGAUUUCCGAGAGCAUAUUGUCUUUAAACUCCCAUUUAUUGAAUAA